GACUGCCUACGCAUUUCCGCUAGCAAAACCCACGGCGCCACCGGUGGAACUCUGGCAAACGACUUGCAGUCCUCGGCCGGGUUACUUCAUUGUUGUUUGAAAACAGCCGAAACGCCACCAUGGUCGACAAAAUGAGCAUGUCCCUGGACGACAUUAUCAAAAUGAACAACAAAGGAGGCCACGAUAGUUCUUCGUACGGACCAAGUAAACGUUCCGGUUUAGCCGUUGGCUCCUCGAGGUCGACACGGAGUCGACCGAGUAAUUUCAACCGCGGGAGAGGAAGCAGACCCGCACCAUACAGCAGGCCCAGAGAGUUGCCAGACAAAUGGCAGCACGACAUGUUUGAGGAGCACAUUGGUGAGCACAGAGGUCAAAGUGCAGGAGAAGACAGAGGUACGGAAUAUAGUGCUAAGCUGCUCAUUUCCAAUCUUGAUUUCGGAGUGUCAGAUAUGGAUAUCAAGGAGCUGUUUGAAGACUUUGGACCACUGAGGAAAGUAUCGGUACACUAUGACAGGUCCGGUCGCAGCAAAGGAAGUGCAGAUAUUUACUUUGAACAGACGGCGGAUGCAGUCAAAGCCAUGAAGCACUAUAAUGGUGUCCCUCUUGAUGGCCGACCGAUGAAAAUCAUACAGGCGACUGCAGACGUUGAACCACAAAGGCGACCAUCGAUGCAGAGAGGCUUUGACAGGAGCAGACUCGGCCAACCCGUGUUUGAAAGAAGCGAAAGGACAUCAGGGGGAAGCAGUAGAGGCUCAAGAGGAUUUGUAAGAGGCAGAGGAAGAGGGAACAGACCCCAGCUAUCUGCUGAAGAGUUAGAUGCCCAGUUAGAUGCUUACAAUGCCAUGGCAAAUAACAGCUAAAGAACCACGCAUUACCUUCUUGAAUUUGUUUCCAUUAUGGUGAAUUUUCAUUUAUGUUCAGAAGCCAUUAUGUGAUAUGCUACCAUGUGUUUUUAGAUAUUUUACAGUGUCUUCAUGUUUAUGUUGCAGUUUUUUCAGGUUAGAGGCCACCAGUUUCUCUGUAUGUAAAUUUAAAAUUAGUGGUUUCUUUAUUUCUCUUUUUUGAAUUAAGUUUGAAUUUUGAUUAUGUGCUUUAAUGCCCUUUUAUGUUGGAAUUUUUCUUCAAUUCUAUCACUUGUACUGUACACUUGAUAUGUAAAUAGUGCAGGGUUUUGUACAUAAAAUACUCACUAGAA